GGACAAAGCUUGUUUUCCGUUCUUUUUCGCACAAGCAAACGUUUAACACUGAAAAUCCACUCGGCUUCUCCUGUCCGCCUUCGUUAGGGCUCUCUUUCUUUGAUUUUCCGGUGAAAUCACUUAGACAAAAUGGACGGAGAAUUAGAGAUCUCCGUUGACAAACUCCCCGUCAAGCGCUUAGAUGCCAUAGAAGAGAACGGCGUCGAACGAUUUCCACCUGAUGUGGAUUAUGAUGAAAAGCGAGUGUCGUUGAUACGGAGAAUAGACUUUGCGUGGGCAGUGGAGAAAGAUGAUGAUAAGAAGAAGCAGAAGAAGAGCUCGAAAGAGAAUAGCUCAACCACAACGGCCCCAUGGCAGUGGCAGAGCAUGUUGGAGAAUCUGCAGCUGGCUCACCAGGAGCUUUCUGUCAUUAUAGACCUUAUCAAUACUGUGGACGCUAACGAUGCUGUAACUGUGGCUAGCAUGACCAGGCCAAAGCCAUUACCUAAUGAAGCUCUGUCCGACCUUGCUGUAUCUGCAGCAACAAAGCUACGGUGCUAUAGGCAUCUGAGUAAAUAUUUUAAGCAGUCUGCCAAAGCUUUGGAACAGCAGAUUGCUAGGGAAGCAAGAUUUUAUGGUGCUCUAAUCAGAUUGCAGCAAAACUGGAAAGUUAAGCGGCAGCGUGUGGCGGCUGCAGCUUCUGGAAAUGAAGUCUUUACCAUUGAUCUUUUUGACAGUUUAUUAUACGAUUCAGCAGCCGUAGUAAGGCCAUCUUCUCUGUCUACAAUCCGUGUCGAACAUGAUUCCGCUGGUAUGCUGGCUAUAAAUUUACCUCCAAACUCAUGCCGUUCUCUUCGUUUUGGUUUUCUUGGUUUACAUUCAACUAAUAGUCCCAAGGAAUCCAAUGAGGUCAAAACAAAUUGCUCUACUCAUCCAUCUAAAGAAGCUGAGAAGGAGUCAGUCAAUGACGAUGAGUGUGUUAGAGAAACACAUUCACUUCUUCGUGAAGUUCAUCAAGCAAUCUUUUACGAACAGCUUUUUGAUAUAGUGAAUCGUGAAGCAUUUAAGCAAUCAGUAGGAGUCAACCUCAUUGGAAUUCGAGAAAAUUAUCUGCAAUUAGGCAUGGGCCAGGGAAUCUCUGUGUUCAUAUCACUUUCACCAUCCAGUCAGGGUGAUCAAAAAGUUGACAGUUCGGUCACCCAGAACAUGGAAUCUGCUAUUUUACCUUCGGAACUGUUUGAUGGAGUAAAGUCGGCAGAUGAAAAGGAUGAUAUUUUGAAAAAGAAACGGUGGUAUCCUAAUCGUGUUUGUUAUGAGAUUUAUCUGCAACAGAUUUUUCAUGAGCAUCUAUAUGUAAGAGAUAAAAAUAGAUCCAUUUUGUCUGGUACUCGAGCAAUUGGUCAACAAACAAAGGAUGGGUCAGGUCUUCUUGGUCAUUUCUGCAUGUCAUUGGCUCAUAGAAUAUUUUCUAACAAAGUUCACAUGGAACUGGAAAAUGUGGUUUCUGGGGUCCCAUAUCUCCAAUUGAUAUCCCAUCCUACUUGGCAUUCUAGAACAUCUUCAUGGACACUCUUUCUAAAGGUUCCUCAGUCCAUUCUUCAUGGAGGUGCCCAACUUCAAACAUCAGAAAUCCAUGGUGUGAAGAAUGUUGGUAAGUCACAGUUUCGGACAGAGGUGGUGGUAAAUGAUGAUCGCAUCAAUGUUGAAGGAGAAGGCACUCCUAAUGUUGUCGGCUUGUUUAAAGAGAGAUCUGAAAGCGUAUCUUCUAUGAACAAAUACAAUUGUGACUUGGCAGAUCUCUCUAUGAUAAUCCUACAACAGGUUGCAAGCCAAGUUAUUCGAUGGCUGCAUGAGGAAGCCCUUAUGGUGGGGAUUAAAGCAAGCCGUGAUUUUCUAUGUUUGUCCUUUGAGCUGGAUCAAGGCGAAACAAUUAGCUUGGUAGCACAUGUCGACCCAGAAGAUCUGAAUGGAUGCAUUUCAUGGUGGCUUGUAAUGGAGGAGGCUUUUGCCGAGGAGACAAAACUUCGAACAGACAUAUAUGAUGGCGUUUCAGAUUAUCGAAAAUUCUUGGGACAUUUGUCUCUGGAUGUGCUAUAUGCAACACUGAUGGACUUGGUUAGCUUGUGCGGUGGUGGAAGCCAUUAGUCAUCUCUUUCACCUACGCAUUAACAAGAAUGUUUUUAACAGGUUUACAUAGUAUCAUAGUAGUCGAAUUGCAUAUUGUAUCAUGUAACGAAAACUUAAUUUUUCAUAUCGUAUAUUGAAUCACUGAUGUUUUUUAGAAAAUAAACAUAUCAUCGUUUUGGAAAUA